CCAAAAGCGAUGGCGACCCAUGCGAAACCACGCAAAAGACUAUAGAUAUGGACAACUGACGUGCGUUUGUGAUUUGCGUAAGUUCUAGUUCGAAGCCGUGUGACUUGAAGUUUACGAUGGCGACGGGUGGGGGUGGCGGAGUGGCGUCAAAUCUCGAAGGACAUGUGUCCAAUUUCGCGCAGUCUGCAACGGGCAGGAACGCAGCCCCGGCGGUCCCCAACAUGCCAGCCUCCGCCUCUGCUCCGCCGAUCUCACCGCCUGUAAUGGGCCUCCACCGGGAGCCCAUGUAUAACUGGCAGGCCACGAAGAGCUCUCUGAAGGAGCGCUUCGCCUUCCUCUUCAACAACGAACUUCUCAGUGACGUGAAAUUCAUUGUCGGGAAAGGCAGACAGGCGCAGAGGAUACCGGCCCAUAAAUUCGUGCUGGCCGCUGGAAGUGCUGUUUUCGAUGCCAUGUUUAACGGCGGAAUGGCCACUACCUCGGCGGAAAUCGAGUUGCCAGAUGUGGAGCCAGCAGCGUUCCUCUCCCUGCUCAGGUUCCUGUAUUCUGACGAGGUCCACAUUGGUCCAGAGACAGUGAUGACAACCCUGUACACUGCUAAGAAGUAUGCGGUCCCGGCUCUGGAGAGUCAUUGCGUAGAGUUUCUCACAAAGCACCUCAGAGCUGAUAAUGCAUUCAUGCUUCUCACUCAGGCCAGGUUAUUUGACGAACCUCAGCUUGCCAGCCUCUGCUUAGACACCAUUGACAAAAGCACUGCUGAUGCUAUAAAUGCAGAGGGCUUUACUGAUAUUGACUUGGACACCUUAUGCGCAGUGCUGGAAAGAGACACACUGGGCAUCAGGGAAAACCGUUUGUUUGGGGCGGUGGUGCGCUGGGCGGAUGCUGAGUGUUACAGACAACAACUUCCCCUGACCUCGGAGAACAAACAGAAAGUUCUUGGGAAAGCCCUCUCCCUCAUCCGCUUCCCACUCAUGACUGUUGAGGAGUUUGCUGCAGGGCCUGCCCAGUCUGGAAUAUUGUUCGAUCGGGAGGUGGUAAAUCUGUUUUUACACUUUACAGUAAACCCCAAACCGCGGGUAGACUACAUUGACAGACCCCGCUGCUGCCUCAGGGGGAAGGAGUGCAGUAUUAGUAGGUUCCAGCAGGUUGAAAGUCGAUGGGGGUACAGUGGUACCAGUGACAGAAUCAGAUUUAAUGUGAAUAGAAGAAUAUCAAUAGUGGGAUUUGGCUUGUAUGGCUCAAUACAUGGACCCACGGACUACCAGGUCAACAUACAGAUUGUCGACAGUGACAAAAAUAUAAUACUCAGCCAGAAUGACACAGGCUUCAGUUGUGAUGGUACAGGGAACACAUUCAGAGUGAUGUUUAAAGAACCUGUGGAGAUCCUACCCAAUGCCAGCUACACUGCCUCUGCCACCUUAAAGGGCCCAGACUCCCAUUAUGGCACCAAAGGGUUGAAGAAGGUGACCCAGGAAUCAUCAGCAGGGACUAAGACCACAUUUUUCUUCUUCAGUUCACCAGGGAAUAACAACGGUACGUCAGUGGAAGAUGGGCAGAUACCGGAGAUUAUCUACUAUACCUAGACUCCUAAUAUGUUGUCAAGCGGGUACACUGAACCAGGAAGACCUCAGACUGUGGCUAAGACUUGGACUGCUGAAGAAAAAUUGUGCCUCGUGUUCACUUUGAGUCGAGAAGUGUGUGUGUCUGCGUGUGUGUGAACAUACGUGUAUGUAUAUUUAUACGAGUGUUCUCAAAUGAUUUUGUGUGAUGAGAUUGGGGCUGGAAUUGGCUUAGGCCUGUUUGGAAAUAAUAGGGAAUUACUUUUCUUUUGGUUGAAAGACAAGUUUUUAGAACAGAAAACUGUUAUUGGUUGUAAAUGUUUUAAAUGCAGCUUUUCUGUCAGUGCAUCAGCGGGUAGCCAAUGAAGGAGACGACUCUUGGUGUGUGAUACUGUUAUGACAAUAAUUCAUUGUUGACCAAUGUCAUUCAUCCCACCUCUGCUCAUAUAAUUAGAGAAACUUUAUACUGUUUCCAUCUUUAUUGCACACUACUUUUUUCAUAUAUUCAGCAGAUGUCUACAGUUUUUUUUCCAUUGUAUUGUUGGGAAUCAGUAUGUGUAACAAUGUGAGAUUGUCAGUGGUACAGGUUGUAAUUUAUAAUACCAUGUCUUUUACUUAGCACUUCAUUAAAAUGCAGGC